AUGCGACCUGUGAUCCAAAAGCGAAUUGAGAAAUGGUGUGAAAAUGGUGUGAUCAAACGAGCUAAACCUAAUACACCUCAUAACUCUCCCAUUUUCACUGUGCGCAAGAAGAACAGUGAGGGCGAAUACACUGGUAAAGAGCACCGUGUAGUGAUUGAUUGUCGGUUGAUUAAUAAUGCAUUGGAUCCAGAGAAGCUUGAACGUUUCCCAUUGCCUUUGAUAAGUGAUUUACAUCGUAAAAUGUCGAAGCAUUCCCUCUAUACGGUAAUCGACCUAUCGCAAUGUUUCCAUGCAUUUAAGGUAGCUAAGGCAUCAAGACCUUAUUUAACGUUUACCGACAUGAAUGGACUGACGUGGUCCUUCUCUCACUGCCCUUACGGAUUAACUAUGGUCUCAUCUCAUGCCCAGAAAAUUCUUUCUAAUUUGCUGGCUGAUCUAAGUGAUGUCUGUACACAUUUCAUCGACGAUGUCACGAUCCAUACUGAAAACGACCUACAAAAGCAUACAGAGGUUGUCAAAACAGUUAUUGAUCGUUUGACUAGAGCUAACUUACGUAUCAACACGGAAAAGAUGCAUAUUGCACAAAAGAGCAUCUAUAUUUUGGGUUUCUGCCUAUCUAGUAAUGGACUAGCACUCGAUCCACGAAAGGUUUCCAACGUAUUGGAUUGGGAUCCUGUCGUAAAGAGUAGUCGUGAGCUGAUGUCUCGCCUUGGAUUGAUCAAUUUCUUUCGAUCCAAUUUACCUUGCUUGUCAAGAUUGACAGCCCCAUUAGAUAAGCUUCGAAACGCACAUGAUAUAACCAAAGUAUGGAAGCCGGAACACACUGCAUUGAUGAAGCAAUUGCAAGAAUUGUUAGUCAGUUCAGCAGUGUUGAGUGUGCCCAACUUAAAUUAUCCCAUAUGUGUUGUAACGGAUAGCUCUGCAUAUGCAAUUGGUGCUGCAAUGUAUCAAGUAAUCAAUAAUAAAGUCAAGUAUCUUGGUUUCAUUGCACGCAGUUUGGGACCGUCAGAGCAACGAUGGGGAAGCUCCAAACGUGAAUUAGCUGCUGUUGUGUACGCAUUCAAAAAGUUCCAUCAAUGGUUGUAUGGACGCCCAUUUCAUUUGUUUGUAGAUAAUCGUGGUAUUUUGUUCUUACAUACAAAACCUAAAUUGGAUAGAAUGGUUGAGAACUACUAUGAUACUAUCUUUGAAAUGGAUUUCGAUAUUACGUUUUGCAGUGGUAUUAACAAUAUAUUGGCGGAUACAUUGUCGCGUCUUUUCUGGCCAUACAAUACGCUGGUGGAGAGUGGUAAUACACGUUCCAUCAGGGAUAUCGACAGGGAGAUAUUGAUUAAACAGGAUAUUGUUAAGCAAAAGGGUAAUAAUAAGAAGAGAAAGAAUACUCAUGAUGAUGAGGUAGUAGCAGCUACUAAGAACAAGAAGCAAAGAGUACUGAAUGAAGAGGAAAAGGGGAAAAAAGAUAUCAAGGGAGCACAAGAUAAGAACACAGUUUUAUCAUGUGAGUCUUCCGGCAUCUCCAAUUCCAGUAAAGUAAUCAUUCCAAAUAAGACUUCUGAUCUAUUUAAUAACUCUAAGUUGACAGCGUAUGCGAAUUCAUUGAAAAGAAAGAAUGAAGAUUUUUACUUUUGCGUCAGUCAUUUAGAUGUUUAUCAAACGCCUACAACUGACGAAGAGAAACAGAGCAUAUUAGAAAAAUCUCAUCUGCUAGGCCAUUUCGGUAUACAUGCUAUGGAGCAAGUAAUACACCAAGAUUUGAACAUGCAUUGGAAAGGGUUAAGGGAGGAUAUAAACCAGUACAUCCGUAAUUGCCAUAAAUACAGACAGUUCAAUCUAGCAAAGCAUGUAUAUCAUCCUCCAAAGCAAGAAGCGCCUGAAGGCAUUAUGGAUCAUGUUGUGUUUGAUCUAGGUGGUUUCGAUUGUACAACGUCUAGAGGUAACAAUUUUAUCCUUGUGGUAUUGGAUCUAUUUUCACGUUUUAUUGUACUGCAUGCUAUUUCUGACAAGUCUGCUACGACUGUUGCAAAGGAAUUAGUGUCCAUAUUUUCCCUGUUAGGCUACCCUAGGGUGGUAGGACAUGAUCGUGGAGCUGAAUUUCACAAUGUUCUGUUGGAAAAGAUCCUGAAGCAUGCAGGAGUGGAGAAUAGAGCUAGUUUGGCCUUUACACCACAAGGCAACAGUUGCUGUGAAGCGGCAGUUAAGAAUUGUAAGACAAUCAUCAUGAAGAUUUUGGAAGGUCGAAGUGAAGAUUGGGAUCUGUACUUGAAUGGAACUGCCUUAAGCUUAAAUGUUCACAGAUCGAGAUUACACGGAAUGAUGCCAUUCGUAGUAAUGUUCCACAGACUACCCAAUGAGUUUAAGGAUUAUCGAGGAGAUAAACCUGUUCUUCAUGAGAAAGAAAUUGAUGUGAAAGCAUUCAAAGAGAAGCUAGAUCUUAUUGAUAGAAUCAUUGUACCAGCAAUCAGAGAUCAGAUAAUGAAGACGCAAGAUAAGGAUAGUAAAUACUUUAGAAAGAGACACAGAAUCUUGGAAAAUCCUUAUCCUGUUGGAUCUACUGUGAUGAUAAAGAAUAUUGAGAACAAGAACAGAAAGACGGAUCCAAAUUAUGAAGGUCCAUUUUACGUUCAUGGUCAUACUAGAAAUGGAAGCUAUAUUCUUACUGAUAGAACAAACUCGUUCUUAGCUAGAGAUGUACCUACGCAGCAAAUCAAGUUGAUUAGCACAAGUGAUACUAGAGACAAUCCUUCAAAUGCGUAUGUCGUCGAAGCUAUUAUCAAUCACAAAGGUAGCGCACCCAAUUACAAGUAUUUGGUAAAAUGGAAAGGUUAUAGUGAAGAUUGGAAUUCAUGGGAACCUCCAUCUAUGUUUGAUUCUCCUGAUGUGGUCAAGCAGUAUUGGGCGCGAGUAAAUGCUAAUAAUAGCAAGACAUCUAAGGGCAAGGCACCGAAAGCUCUGAGUACCCGAGAGAUUGCUACGCGAGAGACUAAAUCAAGAAAUAAGCGCGAAAGGUUAUUAGCUAAAGAUGAUGUAUAA